UUCCCCUUGAGUUGUUUCUCAGGAAAUUUCUUUUUUUCGUUUUUCUCUCUUUCUCUCUCUCUCUUCUCCCUUCGUUAAACAAAUCGCAGUAUCUCGGGCGACGCAUUAAACUGUGACGGUAUUUGCAUGCGGAGCUCGUUUAAUUUAAUUCAAUUAAUUAAAAGGGAACGAGGAAGACCGUCGUACUACCGAGGUUGUUCGACGCCAGGGAAUUACGUGCUUCGAGUAACAGUAUAUCCCCGGCAUCAUACUUCGUCAACCCUCUUUCUUUCUUUCUUUCUUUCUUUCUUUUCGCCUCCCUCGGUAGUUUUAGAGGAGGGAGAAAAAAAAACUACCCCUUUUCCUUUAUAUCUUAUGUCGAAUGUUUAUUAUUAAAGAGGCCGACCUUCUUCCUUAUUACAAGUUCCUCGCACAAAAGAUGUGCUUUCAUUUCUGAUGAUACAGCCUCUCAAUACACCUCGAAAUUAAAGUUAUACUGUCUUUGAAAAAUAGACUUGUGUGGGUAAUGGAAAAGACGAGAAGUGCGAAAGGUGGGGAAAAAAUAUUCUCUCUGAAUAAAAGCGAAGUCUGUCAAGUAUGGAAUAAUCCUUUCAAUGGAAUAAGGAAGGGAAAAGUAAAGGUGGUAAUCAAGAGUCGUUUCAGGAUUAUAGGAAGGGUAUAAACGAGGAUUUCAAGCCCCGUUGCGAUCAGUAUUAUGCAUGAAAGACUAUCAGAGGCCGAUAGUGGAAGAAAGGUGACGGAGAGUAAAUUGAAACACGAAAUAAUUGUAAUGGGAGCGCCUAAAGUUGGAAAAUCAGCGAUAAUACAUCAAUUUCUAUUCAACACAUUCACGCCAAAAUACAAGAGUACAGUUGAAGAAAUGCAUCGAGCCAAAUUCGAUGUUAGUGGAAUUCAAUUAAUUCUUGAUAUUCGCGAUACCUCGGGAACUCACGAAUUUCCCGUAAUGCUUGACAUGCGCAUACAAUCGGCAGAUGCAUUUGUUCUCGUUUACGAUGUCAAUGAUAAAAACACAUUCACCGAGUUGGUGGCCCUUCGACAAAGAAUUAUCGAUAAGAAGGGCGAAAAUGUCCCCAUUGUUGUUGUCGGCAAUAAAAUCGAUCUGAGAGAAGACGACGAAGAGAUGGAGACUGAGCACACAAGAGAAUUAGUGACUGUCGAAUGGAGCAAUGGAUUUGUGGAGGUAUCAGCGAAGGAUAAUUUACAAAUUUCCACUGUUUUCAAGGAGCUAUUGAGUCAAGCAAAAGUCAAGUACAAUUUAAGUCCGGCACUUCAACGACGACGUCGACAAUCACUUCCGCCACCUCAGCAUCUUAAUUCGAGAACAAGUAGCGCUCAAGUCCCAACAGCCACACAAUUACAACAUUUACAAAAAAUUAGCGAACGAGCGGAUUCAAAACGAAACUCAUGCAUUCUAUCGUAAAAAAGAAACAACUACAUUAUUAUACAUACCGCCCAUAAAACAAAUUUUCCCCAAAAUUUGAAUUUUUUUCAAAAUUUCCAACUCAACUGUAUACAAGAACUUUCAAAGACUAUUAAUUACAUGUAAAGUAAAUUUUCAAAAAAUAAAUAAAUAAAUUGACUGCAUUAACUUUAACGAAAAAUUAAUUUUGAAUAAAAUACAAAUUUACAGGAAAGCACAAUUAGAGUAUUAUUCUGAAUAAAUGUCACGUCAGUAUCAACAUCUUACACUGUCAGAAAGUUUUAAUCAAACAAAAAAAUUAUUUUUUAAAUAACAUUUAUUUUAAUAUUAACCUACGAAUAUUUUUAAUUCAUACUUUGAUUCUAAUCUUAAUUAAAAACUCGUUUUCAAUAAAUUUAAAAAUCAGAGACCGAAAAAAGCAUAAUUUUGUUUACCAUAUUGCGCGCGCAAGUCGCAAAGUACGAUUGGUCAAUUCCCCCCUUCCCAAACAGCGCACGCAAUCAAAUCGUCCAAAAAAUGAAGAGUGGGGAAAAUGACGCUAAACAUAAAAAUAAUUAUUACUUCUACGAUGAAAAUUAAUUUAUUAAAUUUGAAUCAAAGCAGAAUAAAUGAUGUAAACCAUUUCUAACAGUGUAAAUUGCAUUAAAUCUAAAAUUCUCUCUCGACAUCACAAAUAAUAAUAAUUAAUCAUUAUUAACAAUUAUAGAAAUGUAUAUUAAAUUAUAAUCAAUCGUUCAUUUUUUUCAUUUCAAUAAUUCAACAUAAAAAUAAAUACCAAAAAGAAACGAAAUUUCUUUAAAAAAUAAAAAUCUAUUCUAUAUAGCAUAAAUGCUCUGCUAAAGAAAAGUUCAAAAAAUACAACCAAGAGAAAAAUUAUUAUUUUCGCCUAUUUAAAUAAAUAAAUUUAUUUUCAAUUUUAAUAAAUGAGAUGACACUGAAAAUGCAGGUAAUUUUUUUAGAGAAUUUUUGUUUAUCAAUUUUCUAUAAUCGUAUUAUUAUUAUGAAGUUCAUGUUUAAAAGAAAUUAAAAUUAGACAAAUGUAAAAUUUUCAAUUUCAAAGAAUUAAUUUUAAUUAAAUUAAAAAAUACUCCAAACUGGAAUGAUCUUUUUUUUCGAAUAAAAUUUUUUUCAACUUUAUUAGCAGAGAUGUAAAAAAAGUCAAUAUAUACUUGAGCGGGAACACAAACGCGCAACAUAAAAUAUAUUAAUUGCAAUCGCAAUCAAAUGUGUUAGAAUAAAUAAUAUUUAAAUCUACGUGGACCAACCCCAGAGAAAAGAUUUAUUAAAAUCUAAAGAAAAUUAUCAACAAUUUUUUAUUUAUAUUGAAGGCAAAAUAAUUAUAUUGGAAGAAAAGUCAGUAUAAACUUUUUUUUCUUACAAAUAAUCAAAUUUUUAAUUUUAAAAAAUUAUAUAAACGUGUGAAAAAGUAAUUAUUAUAUAAAAAAAUUAAUACU